CUAUAAUUAAAUAUCUAGAAUAGAUCUAGAUCACCCCAUAGGCCAUACAUAGCAUUUUAUUUAAAGACUUUAAAAACCAGAGAUUUGGACUAGAUCUAGAUCUACUAUCAUCUAGAUAGAUUAUGUAGAUCUACUUAGUCUUAGAUAAGUGACAGAUGUUAAAGUAGAUUUGAAAACAUAGUGAUCUUAUAUUAACAGAACUACACCACAAGUAUGUAACUUUGAAAGAGGUUCAAGCCCCAAUGAAUAUGCUCAACAUCAUUUUCUGGAAAAUGGCAUCAGUGAACUAAAUCAAGUAGACAAUGAGUUGAUAGUAGAUUUUCUAGUCAGAUUUGAGUGUACUUUGCUUGAAGAAUUAUCAAAAUGGGUUUUGAAGUGGAGGAGAUUCAGGUCAUUGAACUUCAUAUGAUGGACAAAAGGAAGUACUUUCCACUGACCCUUCUCAGUGGCCUUACUAUUAGAACAAUGCUUUAUCCUUUUGUCUUGAUUAAGACACGUUUACAAAUUCAAAAGGGGAACACAGUAUAUCGAGGAACCUUUGAUGCAUUUGUCAAAAUUGUAAGAAAUGAAGGCAGAACUGGUUUAUAUAGAGGAUUCUGGGUAUCAUGUUUACAAUUAUUUCCAUCUAUGGCUUACAUAUCAACCUACGAGGGAACAAGACACUAUCUUAAAGAACAUUUAGGAGUUACUGAAAAUAGCAUACGUUCAUUUGUGGGUGGAGGCUUAGCAUCAGUCACUGGUCAAACUCUAGCUGUCCCAAUAGACAUCAUAUCACAGCAUUUAAUGUUAAUGGGAAGACGAGAGAAAUGCAAAGAUUUCAGUGAGUGGUCCAAAGAAGAAAGGCGAGCUCAAAUAAAACUAUCCAAUCUUCAAAACAUACACCUGAAUGAACGUGUCUCAAUGUCAAGGUUUGGUGCAGUGAAUGCCAUUAUUAGGACCAUCUACAAGAGAGAUGGCUUACUGGGUUUCUACAAAGGUUACUUUGUCUCUCUGGCUUGUUUUGCUCCCAACAGUGCUCUCUGGUGGUUUUUCUAUGAUUCUUAUACAGUUUUAUUUGCUGGUGUGAUACCAACCUACAUUCCACGUCUGGCCAUACAAGUUGUGGCUGCUCCACUGAGUGGGGUCUCAGCAGCUUUGAUCACAAAUCCAAUAGAUGUGAUACGUGCUCGCAUUCAGGUUGAAGGCACCAAGUUUGGAGAGACAGUCCGAACCCUGUGGACAGAGGAAGGUUACUGGCUGGUGACAAAAGGACUAUCAGCUCGGCUAGUACAAUCUGUGACCUUUUCGAUAUUUAUUAUUUUAGGCUACGAAACAAUCAAAAGAUGGAGUAUUCUAGAGCAAUAUAAAGACAAAGUCAGGUGGUGAUUUUUGUGGAAUCCUAGCUCAAGAAAAUUGUGUUAGUCAAUGCAAUAUUCCAAAUUUUAAACUUGUAAAAAAAAAUAUUAUUUAUUACAUGAAAAUUUUCUUGUUAUAUACCAUUGCUGUAUUCUUUUGUACGUACACUAUGUGCUGAUAUGUAUGUGAUUUUCAGUUCAGGACUUUCACAAAGUGAUUCAUAUAUUAAAAUCUACAUAACAUGAAUAAAUAGUGGUUCGUUUGUAGCACUC